AUGGCUCAAUUCGAUUGGUUUUCCAAAAUCGGCGCUACAGACGAGGCCGUCGCUGUCCUUAACGAUCAACCUAUACUCUUCACUAUUCUUCUGGUCGUUCUUGUUGCCGUCAUCCUGCAGAUGGUCCUUCUCUGGUACAUUCACUAUGCCACUAUGAAGCCCGAGCAGCGCAAGGCAGCCCAGGAUAAGAAGGACAAGAAGAAAGCGGCAAAGACCAAAAAGCCCGCCAACGCCAGAUAA